AUGCAUUUCUUUUUACUGCUAUUAUGCCCACCCAGUCGGAACUGGAGCAUAUUCAUUCUCAAGCUCCAGAAUUGGUCACCACCGUUGAACCGUCGAAGCUCCAAACGCCAUUCCACCAGUCUUGAUGACCUUCGUUUAGCUGAAAAUCGAUUUGAUACUCGACUGUUCUUCGACUUUGUGUAUACUCGAUUGUUUAAAUUCAACCGGCGGUCGCAUCCCUUCUCUAAAAUUGAACGACGGCGCCCUGGAGAUCUGGAUUUUCGUAGUUUAGCAAGCCAUCAGUUGGACGUCCCUAACGCAAUUGGGAAGGUGAUAUUCCCUUCUUCUCGUUCUCAUCACGGAAAUAUGGAGGAUGAAGGAUUACUGGUGGUGAGAAGCAAUGGGAAGAGGAAUCGUGAGGAAAAUGAGAAGGAAUGGUUCAAGUACCUGAGACUGGAAAGUAGAUCUCCUCCGAAGUUGAUGAGGAAAUUUUGGUUGUCGGAUAUCAUCGCCAGGUGCGAACACAGGGUGUUGACAGUGACGGUGGAAAAGAUUCCUCCGCCACCCAAAUCCAUGAUUGUUGAAGUAGCAAUUUCUUGA